AUGUCUGACAAGUUCGGGUCGUAUGUGUCCACCAAUGAGCGCCACACCUUGGCAAACAAUCCGGCUUUGGCGGGCAUGGAUUACUCGCAUCAGUGGGUGAACCACACUGAAAACUUCGUGAACCCAGCGAAAGGAGCCCACACACAAGAUGCCCAGAACGACGUCAAGGUACUCCAUGUGACGUGUAGCACCGAGAACCAACGGUGCCAUGGAAAGAACAACAUGCUGCAGUUGGACUUGGCGCAUGUACAGUGCGAACACUGCGACGUAAUGAGCAUCUUACUGUGUCCAUACGUCAAAGAUCAACUCAAACUUCACCGGCAGUUCCAGUGA